UUGCGGACACGUUUCUGCAUCUACUUGAGCUGCUGGCUUGACGCUUGUGCAGACUAACAAUUUGUUACAGAUUGUUUAAAUUAAGAUCAGUUGUCUUGCUCUUCGGACUUGAACGUUUACCCGCUCGACCACAACCACAAUGUCGUCAUCUUCGCGGUACCGCCGACCUGCAAAGGACAAUGCGACCGCGGGCUCUGCAACCCCGAAUCCUACGGGCGGGAAAGAAAAGGCCGAGCUCAAGCAGGCUGUCCAGGAGCAGGCAGCCGCAACAUCAAACGGCCUGUCGGUACUAGACGUACUGCGGAUACUAGGCGGAUUGGUGCUGCUGAGCUGCGGAUUGAGCUACCUGAGUACGAGCGGAGAGAGCAUGACAUGGGGGUACAACCCAUGGUGGACGCGAGCGCGAGAAUGGAAGGGUCUGCUGCAAGGCGAAGUCGUCCUCACUGACGCCGAACUCGCACUAUACGACGGUUCGGAUCCUAGCAAGCCCAUCUACCUCGCGCUCAAUGGCACAAUCUACGACGUGUCCAUCUCACCCAAGACGUACGGCCCGGGCGGCUCGUACCACUUUUUCGCCGGCAAAGACGCCGCGCGCGCCUUUCUAACCGGCUGCUUCGCCGACGACUCGGUCCCCGAUCUGCGCGGCGUAGAGCAAAUGUUCAUGCCUAUUGACCCAGAGGAAAAAGCCUCGCUCACCCCCGAACAACGCGCUGCCGAGCAAGAAAAAGCCAAAUCAAGGAAGAAACUCACGCGUGGCGAGCUCAAGAAUAGACAUGCACAGGAGCUCAAGAGCGCUAAGAAACAAGUUGUCGAGGGCUUGGAGAGCUGGCAUAAGCUGUUUCGAGGCGACAAGGGGAAGCCGUAUCGCCGUGUGGGCAAAGUCAAGAGGGAGGAGGGCUGGUUGGAAAAGAUGCCAGAGAGGGAGUUGUGCGAGCAGGCGGUCAAGAGCAGGCCGGUUCGGAAAUAUGAGUAAUUGUGUUGACGGUAGUCGAGUAGAAUGUAUAUGAAGGAUAUACCAGCGUCUCCCAUUACCCUAUGGCUGGCAUGUCGAUGAGC